AAUCACAUUUCUAAAAGAGAAAAAUGUUUAGCUUGUAAAGAGUGGGGGAGGAGUGAUCAAUAUGUUUGACUCCUGUUCCCCUUUCCUGGUGGGCGGCCUGCCUGAGAGGGAGCAAAUCAUUGGAGCAUUGGAGCGGGGCACUGUUGUUACGAGGUUUUGUGGAAAGCAGAAACCGGAGAAGAAAGCCAUGCUUGUAAGACGAGAAACGAUGUCGAUUGUGUGGCAGAGAGCACUGGCCGGCAAGAAUUCAUUUGACGGAGCUGUAGACAUCAGGGAGAUAAAGGAGGUUAGGAAGGGUAAGCAGAGCAAGGAGUUUGACAAGUACAGCGAGGAGUUCAGAAAUAUGGAAGGAAAAUGCUUCGUUGUCUACCACGGGAAGGAGUUUAAUCUCAAAUCCUUGUCCAUAGUCGCCUUAUCAGAGGCAGAGUGUGAUACUUGGUACAAGGGACUCAUGUACCUUAUAGAGGAUGUGAACUCGGCAAGCUAUGGAUUAAGUUUACAACGAUGGUUUCGUAAAUGUUUCUAUGAGAUGGAAACCCCUGGGAAGGAAGGCGUCAUCUCCUUUCAGGAGUUGAAGAAGUUUAUGCAGAAAGUGAAUUACAAAGUGUCCGCGAGCUCGCUCAAGGAUAAGUUUAUGGUCUACGACACCAAGAAGUCCGGGGAGAUUUUCUUUGACGAUUUUUGUUCCAUGUUCCAAGAUUUAGUCUUCUCUCAACAAAUGUUCACAGCAAACUUUGCAAGGUACUCCAAGGACAACAGGACUGUUACACUUCAGGAGUUCUCAGCAUUCCUCCGGGAGGAGCAGAAUCAACCGGAGAAAAACGAAACUGUGGCUUGCAUCAUGCGGGAGUUCCUUCAGGACCCGAGCAGGAAUACUCAGCAGCCGUUCUUUUACAUCAGGGAGUUCCUGGACUGGAUUUUCUCCGGGAGUAACACGUUACUAGAUCCUAGUGUUAGGGUUGUGUAUCAGGAUAUGACCCGGCCACUGUCUCACUACUGGAUAGCUAGUUCUCAUAACACAUAUUUAACAGGUGAUCAGGUAGCAAGUGAUUCUAGCGUUGACGCAUAUGCCCGUUGCCUGCGUCAGGGUUGCCGGUCAGUUGAGUUGGACUGCUGGGACGGUCAGGACGGAUACCCCUUCAUCUAUCACGGGCACACCAUGACCUCUAAAAUCAAGUUUAGAGAUGUUAUCAAAUCUAUCAAAGAGCAUGCUUUCGUCAAUUCUGAGUAUCCUGUAAUCCUCUCAAUAGAGGAUCAUUGCUCUCUACCUCAACAGAGGAAAAUGGCAGAGUCCUUUCAGGAAGUAUUCGGAGAGAUGCUGUUGGUAGCUCCUGUAGAUAAGAAUGAGAAGGAACUGCCGAGUCCUGAGAGCCUCAAGAGGAAAAUAAUCCUGAAGCAUAAAAAGCUGCCGGAUGGAACAGAUGAAAAUGCUGGAGUUCUUCUUGAUCUUGAUUCCUCCAAGACGAUGGAUCUGUCGGACACUGUGAAGAACGGUAUGUUGUAUAUGCAGGAGAAUAUCGACGAUCUUUGGAAACCACACUUCUUCGUUCUUACAUCCAGGCAGAUGGUUUACAGCGAGCUUCCAGGAGAACAGGAGGAUGAGGAUAAUGAUUUCUCAGAGACCGAGAGUAUUCGGAAAAUCUCAUCCACCUCCAGUAUUAAAUCAGAUAUAGAUAUGUCGGAACUACAUUUCUCCGAGUCCUGGUUCCAUCGGAACCUUCAGCACGGUCGGAACUCUGCGGAGCAGAUACUCAAGGGUGCAGCUAGCCUUGGAGAUGGAACGUUUCUUGUCAGACCGAGUGAGACAUUUGUUGGAGAUUACAGUUUAUCCUUCUGGCGGAAGAACGAGGUGCAUCAUGUUCCUAUUCGGGUUCGCCAACUAGAUACUGGGGUUAAACGAUACUAUAUGAUAGAUAAGGUAUAUUUUGACAGCUUAUUUGAUCUGAUAACUCACUACCAGACACACCCACUCAGAUCCAGUAAGUUUAGUAUAACCCUGGGGAAACCGGCUCCACCCACCAACCCUCACGAGGACCGCCCCUGGUUCCACGGCCAGCUAAGCCGGAGUCUAGCAGAGGAUGUAUUGUCUAGUAUUCCGGUAGAUGGAGCCUUCUUGGUUCGACAAGGAGAACGGGUUUCAGGAUCUUUUGCAAUCUCAUUUCGAGCUGACAACAACGUGAAGCACUGUCUCGUCAAACAGGAAGGACGCUUGUACGUUAUCGGAGCAGCGCAGUACGAAAGCCUGGUGGAUCUCAUAGCUCACUACGAGAAGAACCCGCUGUACAACAAGGUCAAGCUGAAGAUGCCCGUCACGGAAGAGUUGAUCCAGAGAAAUGGAGGUGUUGGGUCGAAUGGAGAUGUAUACUGCAGUGUAGAGUACAUGGAUCCGAACCCAUUCAAUAACAAGGUUUGUGCCAAAGCUUUAUAUGAUUACACAGCGCGACGAGAUGAUGAGUUAACGUUUAAACGUGGAACUCUGAUCACUAAUGUAGUUCAACGGGACGGAGGCUGGUGGAAGGGGGAUUCUGGAGGCAAAAAGCAACUCUGGUUUCCCGCUAAUUUUACUCAGUUAGAAGAGGGGAACGGACAAGACGAAACUGAUAACACACCUUUAGGAAGUCUGCAGAAAGGAAGCAUUGAUAUAUUAGGAGCUAAGGUUGAUCUUAUUGAACGACAAGGACAGUAUGGAAUAAAGAUCGAGAACAGUUCAACUGCAGUUGAGCUCCACUCCAGUACAAAAGAAGAAGCUCAGGAUUGGGUUGUAAAAAUCCGCGAAACUGCAAACAACGCCUCCAUUAGGGAUAACGAAUCAAGAAGAAAGGAACGAGCGAUGAAAAUAGCCCGUGAACUCUCUGAUCUUGUCAUUUAUUGUAGAUCUGUAAUGUUUAACACAGAGAAGAGUAUGAGAAGAGAACCCGGCCUCUAUUGUGAAAUGUCCAGCUUUCCGGAGGCCAAGGCUGAGAGGCUGAUGCUAGGAGUGAAUGGAGAUCCUAAAAUGUUUUUGUGGUACCACCGAACCCAGAUAUCUAGGGUAUAUCCUAAAGCUCAGCGUGUGACCAGUGAUAACUACAACCCUGUACCAAUGUGGGGUUGUGGGAGUCAAAUGGUUUCGCUAAAUUACCAAACCGGAGACAAACCGAUGCAAAUCCAUCAAGGGAAGUUCCUGGAUAAUGGAAACUGUGGUUACCUACUCCGACCUGACUAUAUGUUCUCCGAUACCUAUCAUUCUAAUGAUGCAUCAACCCUUGCUCUAAACAAUGUGAAACCUCUGGAUUUGACAGUUUUGAUUAUAGGUGCUCGGCAUCUUAUGGGCUCCAAAAGCAAACGCGGACUUGUUUCUCCUUUCGUAGAGAUAGAAAUCGUCGGCUCCGACUACGACUGCCAGAAAAUGAAAACCCGGGUUGUGAAUGAUAACGGGUUAAACCCUGUUUGGGAUGAAAGUUUCAGUAUACGGAUACUGAACCCGCCGAUGGCAUUGUUCCGACUAGCGGUUUAUGACGAAGAUAUGUUCGGAGAACCUAAUUUCCUAGGUGCUGCUACGUACCCCUGUACCUGUAUAUUGACAGGGUACAGAGCUGUUCCUCUCAAUAAUGGACAUAGUGAAGAACUAGAAUUAUCCAGUUUACUUGUUAAGAUUGAGAAGAAGAAAGAAGUUGAUGUAGAUAUUCUUGGUUCCACAGACAACGGUACCGGUAGCUAGCCCAGGUUGACCGGCUCUGCAUCGGGCUACGAGAGUAGGCGGAGCACAAGAUCCAUUCCUAGCAUACCCAGUCUCAGUGUGUGUAGAUUAUACAGGGAGAAGGUUUAGAUCCACUCCUAGCAUACCCAGUCUCAGUGUGUGUAGAUUAUACAGGGAGAAGGUUUAAAUCCAUUCCUAGCAUACCCAGUCUCAGUGUGUGUAGAUUAUACAGGGAGAAGGUUUAGAUCCACUCCUAGCAUACCCAGUCUCAGUGUGUGUGUUUGUAGACUAUACAGGGAAGAAGGCCUACAUCAAUUCCUAGCAUACCCAGUGUCAGUGUGUGUAGAUUACACUUGGAGAAGGUUUAGAUCCACUACUAUCAUACCCAGAUACAUACAAAGGCAGAGAAAAGGUUUCCAAGUUAUAUACUAGUACAGGGAGAAGGUUUAGUCAGUUCUAAACAAUACAGAGAGAAGGUUCAACCAGUUUCAUACUAGUACAGUGAGAGGGUUUAACCAGUAUCAUACUAGCACAGAGAGAAGGUUUAACUUGAUCUGUAUGAGUACAGAGAGAAGGUUUAACCAGAUUCAUACAAGCACAGAAAGAAGGUUUAACCAGGUUCAUACAAGUAGAGAAACACCAGGAACUAUACACUUAUAUGUCUGCAUGAUGAGAGGAGUACAUACAGGGAGAAGAUUUAACCAGAUCCAUAAUAGUACAGGGAGAAGGUAUUCCUUGAUCCAUACUAGUACAGAUAGAAAGAUUAACUAGAUACUAGAGGGAGAAGGUCUUCCUUGAUCCAUGCUAGUACAGAUAGAAAGAUUAACCAGAUACCAGUACAAGGAAAAGGUUGAACUAGAAAAGUACAGAAAAAAAGUUUAACUAGAUACAUACUAGUACAGAAAUAAGGUUUAACCAGAUACAUUAAAGUACAGGGAGAAGGUUAAAGUAGAUACUAGUACAAGGAGAAGGUCAAAGUAGAUACUAGUACAAGGAGAAGGUCAAAGUAGAUACUAUUACAAGAAGAAGGUCAAAGUAGAUACUAGUGCAAUGAGAAGGGCUAACCAGAUUCAUACUAGUACAGGGAGAAGGGUUAACUA